CCGCGCUCUCCCACCAGCGACCCAACAUACCCGCCACUUCUCACCCCAAACGCGCGCGCUGUCCCGCUUGACAGCGCCUCGAGUUCGCCGGCAAUAAAUCCCCCACUCGUCCGCUCACCUCAGCGCCGUCUUGCUCUGCCUCUCCCCGCCGCAGCAGAGCAUGGCGCUCCCACGUCACCUCCUCGUGGCCAUCCUCCUCGCCGCAGCAUUGCCGCUGCUCCUCGUUCGCCCGGCAGAGGCCGGGACGGUGGGCGUGAACUACGGCAGGGUGGCGAACAACCUGCCGAACCCGUCGGCGGUGGUGCAGCUGCUCAAGCAGCAGGGCAUCACGCAGGUGAAGCUUUACGACACCGAGCCGACCGUGCUGCGCGCGCUGGCCAACACCGGCAUCAAGGUGGUGGUCGCGCUGCCCAACGAGCAGCUCGCCGCGGCGGCCUCGCGCGCGUCCUACGCGCUCGCGUGGGUGCGCCGCAACGUGGCGGCGUACUACCCGGCCACGCAGAUCCAGGGCAUCGCCGUGGGCAACGAGGUGUUCGCCACGGACAAGAACGCCACGGCGCAGCUCGUCCCGGCCAUGACCAACGUGCACGCCGCGCUCACCAGGUUGAACCUGGACAAGGCCGUGAAAGUGUCGUCCCCCAUCGCGCUCACCGCCCUCGCGUCGUCGUACCCGCCCUCCGCGGGUGCGUUCCGUGAGGACCUCGCGCAGGCCGUCAUGAAGCCCAUGCUCGACUUCUUGGCGCAGACCGGCUCAUACGUGAUGAUGAAUGCCUACCCGUUCUUCGCCUACUCCGCCAGUGCGGACGUCAUCUCCCUCGACUACGCGCUGUUCCGCCCCAACGACGGCGUGCUCGACCCUGGGAGCGGCCUCAAGUAUUACAGCCUCCUCGACGCCCAGCUCGACGCCGUGUUCACGGCGGUGAGCAAGCUGGGCAACUACAAUGGCGUGCACGUGGUGGUGUCGGAGACCGGGUGGCCGUCCAAGGGUGACGCCAAGGAGACCGGCGCCGCGGCCGCCAACGCCGCCGCGUACAACGGCAACCUGGUGCGCCGCGUGCUCUCCGGCAACGCCGGCACCCCGCGCCGCCCCGACGCUGACAUGGACGUGUACCUCUUCGCGCUCUUCAACGAGAACCAGAAGCCCGGGCCGACCUCCGAGCGUAACUACGGCGUGUUCUACCCGAACCAGCAGAAGGUGUACGACGUCGACUUCGUCCUCGGUGGCGGCGGCAGCAAGAGCAACGGCGGCCUCGGGUGGCAGGAUAACGGCGGGCCCGGUAGCGGCAGCGCCCCGACCGGCGGCGGGGUGAAGGCGACCACAACGGGGGAGGCGUGGUGCGUGGCGAACGCGAUGGCCGGUGAGGAGCGGCUGCAGGCGGCGCUGGACUACGCGUGCGGCCCCGGGGGCGCGGACUGCAAGGCCAUCCAGCCCGGCGCGGCGUGCUUCGAGCCGAACACCAUGGCGGCGCACGCCUCCUACGCCUUCAACAACUACUACCAGCGCAAGGGCCGGUCCAUCGGCACCUGCGACUUCGCCGGCGCCGCCUACGUCGUCAACCAGGCACCAAAGAUGGGCAAGUGCGACCUCCCAUCGACGGUCUGAACCGAAGCAACGGUCGCCAUUCGCUAAGGCCUCACCGCAGCCCAGUCAGUCUAGAGGAAGAGAUGUUGGAACCUUUGCUGCCUCUGAGCAUUUCUUUACUGCUGCUGCGCUGCAGCUUUGACUCCUGCUGCAUUGCAGUAAUGCAGCGUACGUAGAACAUUACUGUAGCUGUCUGUCUUCAUUUUGCAGCUUUGGCUAAUGGGGAAUAUCUUUGUUUAGUCUCUGUAACUAUGCAACAACUAUUAUAAGCUGAUUAGUAUAGAUUAAUUUAGCCUUUGCGCCCAUGUGACCCACUGUGCCUUGUCUUGAGUGAUUGGUUUAGACUCUUGUCCAACCAUCAUCGUCU